CUCGAACCACCAACCUUGCGGCUCCCGGCGCACCCGCUCUACCCCCUGCGCCACGACGACCCCACAUUGUACAUGUUCGUGUGAAAAAUGCAGUUGAUCUAUACAGAAACGCACUGUCAUCAAUUAUGUUGGGGAAUGACAUGAACAUAAAAUUGAAAGUGUUUUUUAUGUUUUAUCUGAAUAAAGCAGACGAUUAGAGUGUUAUACAACCACAGAGUCAAAUGGAAUAAGGCCUAACCAAAACAUAAAUCCUUCUUGUAUAGGAAUACAUUAUUACCUUUCUGUUGGCAUUGCUACAACAUGUCACUUAUGUCACGGUAGCUGUCAAACGUUUGGACACACCUUUAUUGCCGCAGUAACUAAACAUUGCAACCUGCAUCGUCCCAUUUUAGCCCUGCGCGUCACUCACUCCACACCCCUCCGCCCACUUGUUUCGUUUUCCCUUUUUUUUGUAAACAGAAACUCAGCUGAUGUGAGUUUCCUUCAUGAGGCUCGCCCUGCGGUCUUGUAUUUAAGGGAUUGUCCGCCUCCGCGACGCACCCGCUGCCGCUCAGAAGAUGCGCCUCUCCGCUGCGAUCGCGUCUCAGAUGCGGCUGCUGAUGCAGCUCCUCGCCGACGCGCUGCGCGUGGCGUUCGCGAGCUUCUUUUCCAAAGUGGGCUACGGGAGGACCGGUGCGGGUGCGGGGACGGCGCUGUCCGUCACACCCGUUGAGAGGAAAGUGGACGAAGGGAGAGCGCAAAAUGAGAUGACGACUCCGACGAGCGUCAACUAUCAUUUCACGCGUCAGUGUAAUUACAAAUGUGGAUUUUGCUUCCACACUGCAAAGACGUCGUUCGUACUCCCUCUGGAUGAAGCCAAGAGGGGCCUCAAACUCCUGAAGGAAUCAGGCAUGGAGAAGAUCAACUUCUCUGGAGGGGAGCCUUUCCUGCACGACAAAGGAGACUUUCUGGGGAAGUUGGUUCAGUACUGCAAACAGGACCUCCGGCUCCCGAGUGUCAGCAUUGUCAGUAACGGGAGCAUGAUUAAAGAAAAAUGGUUCCAGAAAUAUGGUGACGAUCUGGACAUCCUGGCCAUCUCCUGCGACAGUUUUGAUGAAGCGACCAACCAGCUGAUUGGCAGAGCUCAGGGGAGGAAAAGCCACAUCGACAACCUCCACAAGAUUUGUAGCUGGUGCCAGCAGUACAGAGUGGCGUUCAAAAUCAACUCGGUCAUUAACACCUUCAACGUGGACGAGGACAUGGCGGAGAACAUCCUCCAGCUCAACCCGGUCCGCUGGAAGGUGUUCCAGUGUCUGCUGAUCGAUGGGGAAAACGCCGGGGAGAAAGCCCUGAGAGAGGCAGAGAGGUUCGUCAUCAGCGAGCAGAUGUUCCAGGAGUUUCUGGAAAGACACAUCGGCGUCCCCUGCCUCGUUCCCGAGUCCAACGAGAAGAUGAGGAAUUCCUACCUGAUCCUGGAUGAAUAUAUGCGUUUCCUGGACUGUCGAGAGGGACGGAAGGACCCGUCCAAGUCCAUCCUCGAUGUCGGCGUGAAGGAAGCCAUUUGCUUUAGUGGCUUUGAUGAAAAAAUGUUUCUGAAAAGAGGAGGGAAAUAUGUGUGGAGCAAAGCCGACAUGAAGAUGGAGUGGUGAAAAUUGUGUUUGCUGUGACUACACAGAUAAUGUGUAUAGUGUACUAUAUGUGUUACUUAACUCACCGUUGGAGUCCAAAGUCCAAAAGUUGUUUUCAAAUGAUAUAGUUUUUUAUACAUGCAUAGUAUUAUAUGUUUGCAUUGUGGACACUUUGGUUUGCAAAUAUGACUUAAUAAACAUAUUUAGAAUUAAAAUCAUUAUAAAAAAGAUUUCAUUUUAUUUGGUGUGUGGUAGCUUCAUACAUUUUUGUCAAAAAUCUGUCUAACUUGGCAUUUGAACCUACUGAGGUGUAGCAAGAACCACUCAUGUAGAGUUCCAGGAAAACCAGUCGAACAGGUGUCAUGUCUGACAAAUAAAAGGGAUUUUAAACAAAUCCAAUUAUGAAAA